AUGGACGAAGGAGGGUCGGCUGCAGUGGUAGUGGAGCUGCUGCUGGCCGGCAAGGAAAAGGGCAUCACCUACCACGAGGUGAUGACCCAGGCGCGCGGCGGUGUAAAUGUGGACGCCCUCGGCGUGGAGGGGGGCAUCAAGGUCCGGCAGACGGCCAACGGGGCCCGUCUUAUAGAGUGCCCCGGCCCGAACACAAACGCCGCGGCCGAAAAAUUGGCGGCCCGGCUGAGGGAGAUCCUGCCGGACCCCGAGGUGGUGCGUAUCGCGCGGCCCGUAAAAAUGGCGGACGUGAAGAUUACGGGUCUCGACAAGUGCGCCACGAAGGAGGAGGUCACCGCGGCCAUCGCGUCGCAGGGCAACUGCGCCCUCGCCGACGUCAAAGUCGGGGAGCUCCGGGCGACAUACUCCGGAACCCGGACGGCGUGGGCGCGUUGCCCCAUCGCAACGGCGAACCUCCUGGCCACCCCUCUACAGGGUCGACCUUCAGAUAGCCCAGGAUGGCUUCGCGUGGGCUGGGUAGUGGCCCACGUGCAACUGCAGGAGAGCAGGCCGUGGCGCUGUCGUCGGUGCUUCGGCACCGGCCACGGCCUCGCCAAGUGCCCCUCGACCGUGGACCGCAGCGACCUGUGUUUCCGCUGCGGCCAACCGGGGCACAAGGCAGCCUCCUGCACCACAGCCGCGCUGCACUGUGUCUUGUGCGACGCGGCUAAAAGGAAGGCUGACCACCUUUUUUUUUUUUUUCGUCAGACGGGUCAACUAGUUCUUCUCGGUGAUGCUGGAUAUUCGAACAAAAAAUAUCUAUUGACACCUCUACAAAAUCCUGUCACAGAAGAUGAGAAGCUAUACAAUGUGUCUCAUAUACGAACUCGGAAUUGUAUAGAGAGGGUAUUUGGCAUAUGGAAGAGACGGUUUCCAGUUUUGUUAUUGGGAAAUAAGACCAAAGUUGAACUGGUACAAGAUAUUAUUGUUGCAACAGCCAUUUUACCUAACUUGUGUAUCAAGAAUAAUGAUGUCAUGCUUAACUUAAAUGUUAAUAUAGAAAAUAUCAUUGAUGUGAUUAGCAAUGAUAACAACCAAGAUACCAUCCACAGCAGAAAUUACAGCAACAAUAGUUAUAGCAAAUGUUAA